AUAUAUAUACACACACACACCGCUUCAUUAAAUCUAAACGCUCCCCUUCUCCAACAGGAUUGUGACUACUCCCCGGAGAAAAAGCCAGAGAAGGGUAGCGGAUAAUCGCUGGAGAGAGCGUGAUGGCGGAGUGCGGGCGGAAGGCGCUUUCUCUCCUGGAAGCGGCCCGUUCCCGGUACGAGAGCCUGCAGAUAUCCGACGACGUGUUCGGCGAGUCCGGGGACGACAGCAGCGACAAUCCCUUCUACAGCACCUCCGGAGACUCCGACUCUGACAACUACAUAGCGGAGGCGGCCGAGGAGGAGCAGCAGCCGCCGCCGCAGCAGAAGCGGAACUUGAGCGAUAAGGAGAGUGGAGCGGCGGGCGGCGGGAGCUGCGGAGCGGGUCCUCCCGGCUCUUUGUCCCGCAGUCAGGCGGAGGAGGACGGCUGGACGGAGACGCUGCAGGAUGUCACGGUGCCUCCAUACAAAGAGAUAUAUGGCCCUGCUCAGAAGAUGCCAGUCAGUGCCACAGCCUUGGACUUCUUCCAGCUGUUUGUCCCAGACAACUGCAUCCACAACAUGGUCACCCAGACCAAUAUGUAUGCCAAGAAGUUCCAGGAACGCUUUGGCUCCGACGAGGGUUGGCACCCUGUCACAGCCCAAGAGAUGAAGGCCUUCCUGGGCUUUGUCACCUCAACCAGCGUGCACCGCUGCGAGUCCGUGCUCAGUAUCUGGAGCUCAGGCUUCUUCAGCAACCAGAGCAUCGCCCUGAAGAUGAGUCAGGCACGUUUCGAGAAAAUCCUCAAGUACUUCCACAUCGUGGCCUUCCGGCCUUCACAAGGGAGCAACCAGGGCUUAUACAAGAUCCAGCCUUUCCUGGACUCCCUGCAGCAGGCGUUUAGCUGUACCUUCAGGCCCUCACAAACACAGGUUCUUCAUGAGCCACUGAUAGAUGAAGACCCCAUCUUCAUCACCACCUGUACAGAAAGAGAGCUGAGGAAGAGGAAGAAGAGAAAGUUCAGCCUCUGGGUUCGGCAGUGCACCUCCACUGGAUUCAUCUGUCAGAUCUCAGUCCAUCUGAAGGAAGGGACGGACGGCUUGGCCGCCUUGAAAAACAAGCCUCAGCUGCACAGCCUGGUGGCAAAACAGCUCUGCCAGAACAUCUCUGGCAAGAACGCCAUCAUCUUCACAGGGCCAUCCAUCACCAGCCUCAGCCUCUUCACAGAAUUCAGCAAACAAGAUAUCUACUGUUGUGGCCUGCUGAGCACCAGGAAAAGCGAUUGUACAGGUCUACCCCAGUGCAUGCUGGUCUGUAGCUCUACGCCAGCACAGCGCGGCCAGUCACGAGUCAUGAUGAAAGGCAGCAUGUCCCUGAUCAGCUGGUACAAUAAGGGACACUUUAGGUUCCUUACCAAUGCUUACACUCCAACAAAACAAGGUCUGAUCAUUAAGAGGAAGAGUGGGGAGAUUCCAUGUCCUUUGGCUGUUGAGGCCUUUGCUGCACACCUGAGCUACAUCUGCAAAUACGACGAUAAAUACAGCAAGUACUUUAUCUUUCAUAAACCAAAUAAAACCUGGCAACAGGUGUUCUGGCUGAGCAUCAGCAUUGCAAUCAACAACGCGUACAUCCUCUACAAGAUGUCCGACGCCUACACAGUCAAACGCUACAGCCGGGCGCAGUUUGGAGAGAGACUUGUUAGAGAGCUGCUGGAUCUGGAUGACUGCUCUCCCACUCAGUGAGGAGGAGGAGGAGGAAGAAGACAGCGGGAGUACACAACACAUGCAACACAAUCCUCACGUAUUAUUGUUAAGUCAUCCUAAUUGUGCAAACACUGAGGUUUGUGUCGAAGUUAUGAAGCGCUGCCAAUCCUGCGUGACAAAAAAAAGGAGCAUGGAAGGUUUGUCAUUCUCACGUGUUUGCUGUGGUGCUGUAAAUAUCCAUUAACACGCAACUGCACACUACACAACAGAGAACCAUGAGCAAUGGGACACUUCACAUGCAUCUAUAGCAAACUUUAAAAAAGA